GUUAUUUGAAUUAGCGCCACUAUUGUGAACAUAUUCGAAUCAGCUGGGCCGAUAACUGUGUGUAUUUGUUUUGGAGUGAAAGUUGUAAUCGUGAUAAGUAAAUUUUAACAUGAAAGCUUAAUCCUGCAUAACACUAAGUGCAAUACUACUGAACCAGUCGUUUGUUUCUGGAAUCUGGCAAAUAAUCUCGUGUCGCCAGCUUCUGCGGUAUGACUGCCAAUGUCGGAGUGCCGUUGAGUUGAAAUAAUGUUUGUGAGUGAUAUAAAAAAGGACUUUUACGGUGAAUUAAUUGGAAAGAGAAUUUUGUUGCUCGUCAACCAUGACGUGGAUGCCAUAUGUGCAUGUAGGAUUUUGCAUUGCUUGUUAAGGGCCGACAGUGUUGUUUAUACACUUGUCCCAAUUGAAGGAAUAAAAGAUUUGGAAACGGCCUACAAAGAAAAUUCUGAUCAGGUAAAAUGUGUUGUGCUCAUAAAUUGUGGUGGUAACAUUGAUAUAGUUGAAGCAUUACAACCUGAAGAAGAUGUAAAGUUCUUCAUACUUGACAGUCAUCGACCAUUUGAUGUUUGCAAUGUCUAUAAUAAUACUCAGGUGUUUUUGGUGUCAAAUGAAGAAGAUGGAAUUCCGGAAUUUGAUCAAAUUUUUAGGGAUGAUGAGUCAGAAGAAGAAAAUGAAGAGAGUGAAGGCUCUGGAGAGGAGGAAUCCCGUCAGGCUAAACGCAGGCGUUUGGGGGAAGAAGCCAUCCUCAAAAGGAGAGAACGCAGGUUAUGGGAAGAAAAUAGAAACCGAAUCAUGUUUGAGUAUACACAGUUCAGUUACUAUGGUCGUUCCAGUGCUGUGGAAAUGUUUGAAUUAGCGUGGAAACUUUCAAAGGACGACAAUGAAAUGUUGUGGUGGUGUAUUGUUGGUGUGACAGAACAACUGCUUAUGGGUAAAAUUGAAAAUCAGCAAUAUGUAUUGGAGACAGGAAAUCUGCAAAAUCAUGUUGCCAGGCUGAGUCAGCACCAAAAUAUGCCAGAUGAUGAUUUUGGUAAUGAUGAGAUCCAAAGGCUUUGUCCAAAACUGAAAAUCACAUACACCAAAGAUCUUCUUUUGGCAUUGUAUCGCCACUGGACAGUGGAAAGUAGCUUGCGGUAUUCUGUUUACCCCUCUUGUAAACUCAGACUCUGGACACUGAAGGGUGAAAAGAAGAUGAACGAGUUGCUGGUUGAGAUGGGAUUACCUUUAGCUCAAAGUCGACAAAAAUUCAGUUCAAUGGACUUGGACCUUCGUCAAGAAUUCCAUUCAAAGAUGGAGAAGAUGGGUGAGAAAUAUGAAAUGGAUGGCAUUGUUUAUGCGUCAUUUACACUGCAGCACGGCUUCCGUGGCAGAUAUUGUGCAGCUGAUGUUGUUUAUGCUAUGUUGGCAUUGUUGGAGCAUACGGGAAAGGAUCGGUUGCCUGCUGACUGCUUCAUGGAUGCAUUAGAUUGCCUCUCAAGAAACAAGAGAGAUGUACUGGAGGAUGGAAUAGAGAAGGCAAAAAAGUUAUUAAUGUGUAUUUUCAGGCAUGUUCAAUCUAUGCUUGAAAUGCGAUUGGUAAUAUCAGCAGGUCCAUUUCUGUACAUGGUUCUUCAAGAGGGCUCUAUAGAUGUGAAGAUGUUUUCUCGUCCUCACAGUCUUGCAUUGCUAGCACAGUUUGCACUGCAGGCUUAUGUAGCUGUUUCCCGCAACAAGAAAGCUCAUGGCCUACCCAUGGUUGCCUCAGCCCCUCUUGAUCCAUCAGAAGGGACAUGUCUUGUUGUUGGUGUUCCUCCGGUUUCAGAGGAUUCACCUAAGAACUUCUUUGGGAAGGCAUUUGAACAAGCUGCAAUCAAAAUACGGGCUCGAAUGACUAUGGAUUGCUUUGACACAUCAAUUGUUCAGUUGAAGACAGAUGACCGAGCAAAGUUCUUUGAUGCACUGACUACUCUCCUCAGCUGAAUCUUCAUGUAUCUUUGUUUUACUCUGUACACAACAGACAAUUACAGUGCCUUGUCUGAAGCAGUCUUUCACAUGUUAGUACCUCUACACAAGUGCUAGCAUGGUUGGCAAAAAUGACGAAAAAUCUCUUCAUACUCCGUUACGUGUUCUUUCAAAAACAAGCUUUAAAUAUCAAUUAUAGUAUAAUGAAUAGUGCCUUUUAAGGUAUGUGUGAAUGGUUUGCCUGUUAAUAUGAAUAGUGCCUUUUAAGGUAUAUGUGAAUGGUUUAACAGUUAAUAUUGUGUGUGUGUGUGUGUGUGUGUGUGUGUGUGUGUGUGUGUGUGUGUGUGAUUUGGAGUGUACAAUUAGAUUUACAACUUCCUGUGUAUUUAAUGCUUAGCUGUUAUGGGAUCUUGGUAGUGACAUUACCUGAUAGUAAAAUUAUUUUAUGAGCAGUCAAUUCUUCUACGUGAUAUUGACAUUUUGUAUAAAUUUUCAUAUACUUCAAUAUAAUGGAAGGAAACAUUCCACGUGGGAAAAAUUAUAUAUAAAA